AUGCGAUCUUACGACUCAAGAGGACCCGAGUAUCCUGGAAGGGCAUUAAUUCCAGGGUGGCGUCGACAAGCUCAAUUAGAAUUCCUUCUCCGAAUCAUCAAAUCUUACAAUUUAGAGCUUAAGCGCUACAAAUUCAGUGGCGAUGCAGAGGUCUUGGAUAUCGAAAAUGAUAUUUACGAGAAUAUAAAGUUGUUAGGAAAUGAUGGAUAUUUACCUACAGAUAUUGUCGAGUUGGCGGAACGCCUUCAACGUGAUGCUCAGCCGACAAGAGGUGUUUUUCGGCUGUUUCAAUUCGCCUAUCAGGUAGUUACGGGCUCGGAUUUCAACAUAAGUUUCUACCACAAUAGGAUUGACGAUAGAAUAGCCGCACGAAACCGCAUCAACGGGUUAGACAGCAAGGUUUUGAAUGAACGUAAGAAAGUCAGAUAUAAUGCUCUCGUCGAUAUGAAGAAUGACUGUCAGCCAGAUCGUGGCCAAACCGACAACGCAAACAGCUUGAAAGAACUACUUGAUUGGAAAGAGACCUGA